AUGGUUAACGCAGGCCCAAUUUCGCCAGAUGACAUAUUUGAUUUACCGUCAAAAGCCGAGGCGGCUAUAUUAUAUUUAUCAAUCGGUAUCACCUUAGCCUCGAUUUUCCCUUUGGCUUAUGCCAUUUGGUUCAGGAACUUCCCACCCAUGAAGGCUCAACAUGUUAGCACAACGGUCAUAAUUGGUAUUGGCGGCAUCAUAUUUAACAUAUCGAAUAACCUGAUGGAGGGUAUGGCCGGAUAUGACGGCGCACUUGGGUUGUGUGGACUUUGGGGAGUCUGGGGGAUGUUUACAUUUGGUCUGUCCGUAUUCCUGUCUGCCAUCAACAUGCGACUAGUGCUAUUCUACCGUGUUUUCAUUACAGGCAAUACAACAGCGCGCUCGAACAGCGCUAUAGUCAACUUUUCUCGUCGGUUCUGGCCAUUCUUUGCACUGUGGUUGCCUUCACUUGUCACUGGCAUUGUGAUUUCAGCUCUCAGGGGUCAGCAGGGAGCGUGGCUUCUAGAGGAUUACGGCUUGCGUGUCUGUACAUUCAGUAUGGGGUAUUUGCUAUGGACAAACAUUUAUUUCAUUAUCAUGAUUGUAUUGUCUUGGGUGCUGUACUUUCGUAUGCGCAAGGUUGCCAACGCAUUCAAUGGAUUCCGCAUGGCUAUCUGGACAUUGGUUGUUUCUACACUUAUUAUGGUUGUUGGUAUGGUUGUCAAUUAUUUGGAAGGCUCAAGAUAUCCAUGGGGCCGAAUUACCAUUGCCGUGACAAACAUGGUUACAAUCAACGGCUACAUCUGGAUGAUUUUUGGACCGCCAGUCAUUGGGCACUUAUUCUGGCGCGAGCAGACUAUGCGCAAUUAUAUGAACACGCUUCACAAGGACAGUUUAAUUGCUCGGCAGACUCGCGGUGGUGAUAUGUAUAAGCAUGCUUACGUCAAGUCUGAAAUCGACCUGCAUGAAAAUGCACACUACGAUCAAGCCGAGUCGUUUAGUUAUGAUAUUCACAACCAAGAGGACAAAUUGGCUCCAUCGCAAUUCGAGUUCCAGAGUCCAAUGGCAGUUUUUUCGACAGAUAUGCGGCGAAUGCUCUAG